UGGAUUUCCAGCUUUCUGUCCCUUCUCUCAAGUGACUUCCCUCCUUUCAAAGUUCUCGCAUAAACAUGCUUCAAUCCGAUCUUUGCGUAGAGCAACUAAGACUAUUUUGAGCGUUUCAUCGAAGGGGACACGACGGUCUCAGAACUAGAUGUUCCGUUUAGCGUGAGCCCUACGAUAGAUGGUCAGGCGAUUCGAGCACAUUCCGCUAGACGCUACCUGCUCUCUAAGAAACGACAGAAACGACAAAAACGACUCGGGCUGUAGCCACAGCCGAAUUGCCUAACGGGCACUUCUACUACGACGAUAUCAGACGUCAAACCACCGACGCUCACAAACAUGGGUACUACGAUGGAUCCAAGCACGCUACCAUAUAAGGUCUACGAUAUUGAUCCAGAUGGAGAUCUGCUGCUUGGUACGAAACCGGACCAUGAAGCGCGUUGGAGAUUCCGCGUGUGCUCAGCUACGCUCCGUCGCCACUCGCCAGUGUGGAAGACGAUGUUGUUUGGUCCUUGGAAGGAAGCAAAGCCAACAGACGAUAGCGAAUGGGUAGUCGAGCUUCCCGAGGAUCCAGCCUUCGAAAUGCAGACUACGUUUCACAUCAUACACGGAUUAUUCGACAAAGUUCCAGAAACUAUGUCUAUCAACAAUCUCUUCAACCUUCUCAUUGUCCUUAAUAAAUACGACAUGACCCGCAUCGUGAAGCCUUGGUGUACACAAUGGGUGCUGCCGGCCGAACAGCCCCUUGCAGCGGUUCACGCACUUCGAUCCAUGUAUAUCGCGUGGGAGCUAGGGCACGAAAGUCUGUUUACAUCCAGACUCGCAGAGAUCGCCAUGAAAACUGAGAUUGAAGGAGGUGCUUUGGUUUUCAACGAUUUUCAAGAUGUCAACCUCGAAGCUCAGGAUUAUCUUGGUCCAUCGGAUAUCUUAGAUAUCAUACGCGAGAUACGGAAAGCGGUUAUUGAGAAAAUGAUCGCACCCCUCACUGCAGAUCUAGAAGCCCGAGUAAAAACUACUCCUUGUUGCACUUUUGGCAACAGUUGGGAAAAACCCGAACGGGAUCGAAGCUUGUGUGAUGCUGCGGUUCUAGGCAGCAUUUAUCGCGGUAUGAUAAAGCAAAAAGGUAGCAUACUUCCGAGAGAGAGCUCCUGUAUUACCGAAAGCGUUGUGCAGAUGGCGUCUUGGCUGUUCCCUAUGAUGGAGGACAUCCAGACCCCUCAGUAUCAUAGACAGUGCUCCUUGAAAGACAAGUACCAGAAGCACAGCACGACGCUGCAUGGCAGCAUCCCCGAGAUUGUCCAGAAAUUUUUGAAGCCUAGCCAUAAGGAAUACAUGGCUUCGCAGAGAUCAAAGACUGGGGUGGCAAGUCAGCCAGGAACACAAAUCACGCAACGCUACUGGAAGUUGACUUGAAAUCACGAUAGGAGGCGGAGGGAUGACAUGUUCGGGUUUCUUCCAGGUGAAAGAGCAAGCAAUAAGAAGCAGUGGAGCCUGAAACCACAGUUGCAGUUGCUUGAAAGAUACAUAGAAUACCAACAAGCUUUUACUACAGAUCACGCAUCGCGAACAGGUUCCCAGAGGUCCCAUGGCUCAUUUGGCGAGCUUCCGAGUUUGGAAGUGAGGUUAUUUUCCUCCACAACCUUGCUUUGUUUUCUCCAUAAUUAAGAUCUCUGUCAAACGCAUCUCAUUCUGAAAUCAGCAAUUCACGGAAGAACGACGCUUCAUGGGAGUCAAGUCAGAGUGGCAGCGAAAACAAAAGAAGUCACGAUCAUCAUCAUCAUACCGGAAGAUCAGGUGUUUUUUUGGAGUCAAUACACAUGCUUUCUGGGUAAUCGUUACACUGCCGCCGUCAGAUUUCG